UACCCAGUAUCAUGGAUGGCGUGCGAUUGAUCAGAUAGGUUGCAGUCAGAACGGCUUCACCCCAUAGACACUUUGGCACAUUCAUAGUGUACAUGAUUGAGCGCGCCACCUCAAGGAUAUGCCGAUUUUUCCGCUCUGCCACGCCAUUUUGGGGAGGAGUGUCCGGGCAAGAUGUCUGAUGCAGAAUACCUUGGUCUGAUAGGAACUCUCCCAGCCUUCUGUUGACAUAUUCUGUCCCAUUGUCAGUCCUUAUCAUUUGAACCUGCACCUUGAAUUGAGUUUUAACAUACGCACAGAAGUCCUUGAAACACUCAAACACCUCAUCUUUAUGUCGCAUUAGAUACAUCCAUGUCAUGCGAGUAUUGCAAUCAAUGAAGGUGACAAAAUAUUUCAUUCCAUUUAUCGAGGUUGAUGGACAUGUCCAAACAUCUGAAUGAACAAGCACAAAUGGGACUAUACUCCUGAGCCCCUUACUCACAUAUGAUAUCCGAGUGUGUUUAGCAUACUCACAUGCCUCACACCUUAACUUGGUUUUAUCUAAACCAUUCAUUACAUCAGGGAAAGCUUUCUUCAUUUUCUCAAAAGAAACAUGUCCAAACCUACAAUGGUGGAUCAUAGCUAAUGCUUCCUUCUCUGUCGCAGUCGCAGCAAGAGCCAUGCCAGCAGUCUUCACAUCCUCCUGGUGAUCCAUGUACCAUAGUCCUCUAUGCCUGGUUCCUGCCCCAAGCCUCCUCCCAGUUCCCAUCUCCUGAAUCAAACAGCGGUACUUAUUAAGAGUUACGUCACAAUCUAUCUGAUCAAUCAAAGCACUCAAUGACACUAGACUAACUGGGAAAGCUGGAACAUGCAAAACUGAUUCCAACUUAAUACUUGGAGUACAUUGCACUGCCCCAACCCCCUUAAUAGGUUGUGCAGUACCAUCUGCAAUUUGAAUAGUUCCAUUGUACGAUUGGGGGUACUGUUGAUAGCAUUCAAACUCUCUAACGUUGCCGGUUACAUGUUUCGAUGCCCCUGAGUCUAAAACCCAAUCUACACCAGCCCUAUGAACAGCAACAGAUGCAGUUUCAUUACCUUCAUCAGAGUACACAAAAUGAGCAAAGUCACCAAACACUGUCUCCGCUUGCUGUUCGUUCCUCUUGUCUUGACCCUGCUGCUCAUUUCUCAUGUCUUGACUAUGAGAAGAACUGGACUGACCCUCACUCAUGACAGAUACAUUCGCUCUGGCCUCCCCUUGGUAGCGAUUGUAGUUGUUAUAGUUACUUGGAGCACUUCUGCCCCUGUUGUUGCUUCCACGAUAGUAUCCCCUACCAUCUCCUCUGUAACUGCCUCUGUAACCUCCUCUGCCUUUGUUGUCUCUCUUCGAUGGGGCUGUGCACUGGUAACUGAGAUGCCCUUUCAGCCCACAAUUGUGGCAGUCUCUUGUCUCAGGCCUAUUCAUUAUGUGAUAAGCAGGUCUGGAAGCCACCUUUGACCGCUCCACAGCUUUCAGUCUAGUCUCCUUCUGUGCUAUAGCAGCAAUGGCAUCUCUUAGUGACGGCAACUCAGCUUGUUGCAUUAAGAUAGCCCUUCUAUUCUCAAACAUGGAGUCCAGCCCCUUCAAAAACUUGAGGACACGCCUAUCCUCAACCCACUUUCUAGCUAUCACUGCACACUCAGCAUGUGGCAACACAAUAGGUGCAAGAUAGUCUAAAUCAGCCCAAAGAUGUUUCAGCUCUUCAACAUACAUCAUUACAGUCCUAUCACCUUGAGUGAGAUCAUGCACAGUUUCUUCAAUUUUGGAGACCAACAUGACAUUUCCCUUCCCUGAGUACAUACUAGCUAACGCUGCCCAUACCUCAGCAGCAGUAGGGAGGUCCUCCACCGAAGCAGCAACAGAAGGGGAUAGAGAACUCAGCAGCCAAUUCAACACGAAACUGUCUGUGGCAUUCCAUUUCUUCCAUGAAGCUCCCCUCUUGUCUUCUGGUUCCUUCACCUCACCAAGAGCAUAGUCUUCCAGUGACUUAGUUCUGAGGAUGAGUUUACCUCUCCUCGACCACCUCAGGUAGUUUUCUACACCUUCUAACUUCACCUCGUUUGGAGCCAGCUCAAUCUUCUGCACCAUCUCUGCCUGCGCAGCGCUCGAGCCCACAUCAGCAGGUGCCUUCUCACCUGCAGCCACCAUCUUCGCGGCCAUGAUGUCCGCAAGCUUGUCCAUUGCAGCCGCCAGUGCUUCCUCCGCCAUUUUCCCUUUCAGUCAGCAGCAGACCAAAAACAGCGGGACUUUCAGCACCUGCAAGCAGCAGUAGCACUCCUCUUCUCCUCUUCUCAACCAGCAGCAGUUCAUCACCUCUCCUUCCUUUACCAACCCGCAGCAAUCAACAGUCGAGAGCAGAAGGUGACUUGGAGACAAACUGCAGCUUCUCGCAGUGGACCUGAUAGCGUUGCUGCCGUGUCAGGUGAGAUGCGUGACCUGCCCUUCCUUUUCUCUCUUCCCCUCAAUCUCUCUCUCGCUGCCUCACGCAGCAGCAGCAGCACCUCCAGCACGCAGCAGCUCCAGCAGCACGUGCGCACAGCAACCUCCUCUCCCGAGCCGGCCGCGCCGCCUCGCUGCACUCCGCCACCAGCCGCAGCCGCUACGCCUAGCUCGCCGUUGUUCGCCCCCGGCAGGUCCUCCUCGCCGGACUACACCACCGGCGCCGCCGCUGCCGCUGCAGCCUGGUCUGAUACCAUGUUGAACUUGGAGGAGUAGCGUACCAGGAGCAGCUGUUGUUGUGUUUUUCUUGGUGUGUGGCGGCUCUCACGGAACAGAGGAGGAGGAGCUCCUCUUCUAGGUCAACAUUUCUCAUGGGCUUGGGCCUAAGAGAUAGGUACAGAUGGGCUAGGGCCCAUACCGGUUCAACACAUGUCAUAAACCAUGGCCUGAAUUUGAAACACAUGGAUACUUACUUGUUGUCCCUUUUCGUAGCUCGCUCUUAUGUACAGGUCUUAUGAUUUGGACUUCGAAUUCAUGAAUACAAUGAUGAGCUAUGAGGCGCUCGGGCAUCGACUGCAAUGGACAAAGAAGCUCAUGCUCCCAGUCCCAAUGAUGGAAAGUUGGUCGCUAUAUGUUGUGGAUGUCAAAGAGAGGACAUUGUUGGUCAUGGACCCAUGUGAGACUUCAGAGCCAAUUGAGGAGAUGCAGUACAAGCAUGAAGACAAUGCAAACUUCAUCCUAGCGGGACUUAGGCGUUGCAUACAUGAGAACAUCACUGGGUGGUAUGUGCCGGCUCAGGGCUGGACGAUCAACUACAACGUUGGCAUGCAUGAAAGCUGCGAGAUAGAGGAUAGCUGGCUGCACAUUAUCAACUACAGCAGGGAGUACACUGGGCUAUAUCUUCAGACUCAGCUAACCCCAGGGCGCCUAAACUACCUGCGACAAUCCAUAGCAUAUGAAGUUAUCUCAAUGAGGGGCAAUGUGGGUGAGCUGCCAGACUUCAUGGUUGAGGAGGUGCUGCCAUUCUAAAUGCUACUGGAUGGCAGCAUCCUUUUGGAACGCAAAUCUUCGAGACGGUCAGAGAAGUGUUUGCGUAUAGGUGGAUCUGGGGAUGUUAGUUGCCACCCCACAAAUUUGUGGUGUGCCAACGGUUCCUAGAUUUCACGGGCGAUACAAAACUGAAGACAGAAUGGCGCCGAAGAAGGGAUGCAAUUUAGCUUCCACACCCCAUUCAACAUGAGGGAGAGGGGGGUUUAAGAGAUUGUUAUCACUACCUGGCUGCCACGUCUAAGUUUAUUACCAGCUAAGUUUGAACUAGACUUGUAUGCUGGUCAGUUAUGUAAUAUCUGGGGUGUGUGUCUCCGUUGGCUAUGUAAGACAU